UCGUGCUGUAAAGAUGGCGGCGCCCUGUGAGCUGUUUUGUUGGAAGGCUGGUUUCGGUUUACCGUCAGUAAAUAUAGAUUGUCUCAUCGUUCUGGCGUAUGCUCGCUUCGCUGGAGCGCCUCUUAAAAUUCACAAGAUCUCCAACCCCUGGAGAAGCCCCACAGGUUCACUUCCAGCCCUCAGGACCAGAGAUGAAGGCAGCUGCUCUCAGCCCAGUCAGAUCAUCAUACAGUUGAGAAAACAGAAGUACAAUGCAGACUUCGAUCUCUCAGCCAAAGAGGGCGCAGACACGCUGGCCUUCAUCUCACUUCUGGAGGAGCGACUUUUACCCUCGCUGAUCUAUGCUUUGUGGAUCGAUUCUAAGAACUAUGUGGAGGUGACACGGCGCUGGCAUGCAGAAAACAUUUCCUUCCCCUUAAACUUCUUCUUGCCGGGCCGCAUCCAGAACAGGCAGUUGGAGAGACUUCGUCUCAUCCGAGGAAACAGUUCGCUGGAGUCGGGAGAAGAGGCGGAGAAAGAGGUUUACCGUGAUGCUCUGGAGUGCCUGAAUCUUCUCUCUCAACGUUUGGGAUCAAACAAAUUUUUCUUUGGAGAUUCGCCCUCUUCCCUGGAUGCGUAUGUGUUCGGUCAUUUAGCUCCACUUAUUAAGAUUCAGCUGCCCAACUGUCGACUACAAUACCACUUGAAAAACCUGGACAAUUUGAAUGCAUUUUGCAGUAACAUUCUCAGCCUGUACUUCCCCAGCGAGGAAGCUUCUGAGGGAGUUAGCCGUCCGGUGUCCGGCACACAACAGGGAAGUGACUUGGACAACGAGCCAUACAAGAGACGCAAGCAGCUGCUGUCAGUGUUGGUUGCUGUGGCAGCGAUGUUGAGCUAUGCUCUUUUCACUGGCAUUGUUGCUAUUGAGCACAUGCAGGAGGAGGAGCCUGGAGGCCGUGCAUCACUACGAGGCCCCGACCAAGAGGAAGAAGAAGAGGAUGAGUGAAUGAAAGUGGGGCUUACUAUUAAUUGCACUGGGAUUCAGUGUGGAGAAACCCAUAUGUGUAACCAUGGGAUUUAUGUAUUAUUUAUUCCUUAACUUGAGCUUUAAUUGCAUGAUAAUCUUUCAUCUAUCGCCUGGUUAGUUCAUGUUUCAACUAAAAAUAAACAGCCUAACUCUUAAUAGCUCUUUUUAAGGAACUUUAUAUCAGGUUCACACGUGAAAGCACUUAAAAUCAAGCUAUGAAAGAUAAGAAUUGAGGGCCGAGGGUUUGUUUGUAUGGACCAUCGCAGAGUUUUUAACCUUUUACUUGCUUCAUAGUCUGUAAAAAGAAUAAGAGAUUUAAGUCUCUUGUGCUGUUGCCUUAUGUGUUAUGACAGCCAGAUGUUUAUCUGCUGUUUUUAUUUGCUACUUUCAUUAAUCUGUUAUAAUGGAGACUCAUAAAGGUGAUUAAACCUAUUAAAGAGACAGUUCACCCAAAAAUAAAAAAUUCUGUCAUGAUUUUCUCACCCACAUAUUCUACCAAACCUUCAUAAAUUUCUUAUUUUUUCUGCUGAACGCAUAGAAAGACAUUUGGAGGAAGGUAGACAGUUUUGUAGCAUCAUUGACUUCCAUAGUAUUUUUAUCCUACUAUGGAAGUGAAUGGUGCUCCAAAACUGCUCGAUUACAAACAUUCCUCAAAAUACCUUCAUUUGUGUUCAGCAGAACAAAGAAAUUAAUGCAGGUUUGGAAAAACAUGAGGACGAGUAAAUGAGGACAUGAUUUAAAUUUUUGGGUGAACUGUCCCUUUAAGGAAAAUUUGUCCAAAAUGACCAAUGUUUAAUGAAUCCCUACUCUUAAAAGAACAAUGUACCAAAAAAAAUACUCAUAUCAUUCCAGUUUGUCCAUUGACCUUUCUUCUCUGGACCACUAAAUUUUGCACAAAGCAGUCAUGUGACCUGCAACAAACCAAUAGCAUCAGCAUCAUUGACUUGGCAUGGCGCGUGUUUUAAAGGAAAAAGCAAAUCCAUUUUGGGUAAACUAAUUAAACCUUUCAACAUUACAGCGUUACCUCGCUCCAAAGGACUGUGAGUACAAACGCUGUGUGCAUGUUUUUAAGCAAAUAGUAACCAAUUAUUAAAACCAAAAGAUGCUUUGGAAACUAUUCUUGCUCACAGCUAACUUAGAUUUCAGAGUUACUGUUAUUUUCCAUGAGGCACCUGACAGGUUUGACGGCAGUCGAUUUUGCAGUCUUAUAUGUGUGCGAGAAAUAUAAUUGUCUAUGGAUUGAUGAAGAUGGAUGAUAAAUAUUUAGGAAUUGUUGGUUGUCUUUCUGUUUUAAACCAAGAAAAAUUCGCACAUUAUACUUAUGGAGUGCAGAUUGAUUUGUGUAUAUUUGUACAAAUGUGAGUCACUCUUAGCUGUUUUUGUUAAGGAUUGGUUUCUACAGGUCGGGCUCAAGAAAGCUAAACUGUUCAGACUGAACGUUCAGCUCUGUUCAUCUCCUCUCCUUGGGUGUUGUGAACUGUAUUUAUAAUGUUAAUGGAUUUCUAUUUUCAUAAUUUAAGGGACAAAUAAACAGUCCUGAACAAUCCUGA